AUGGAGGAAUAUGAGAAGACCUUCCUCAAUAUUUCAGAAUGUGCCAAGCUACCCGUGCCUCUCAACUACCAAGACAUAUGUGGAGAAAAGAUUGAUCUAUCAUUGAUCAGAAUCAAAGCGACCACUCAACCUUCCAAAGGUAGUGUGCUGCUGAAUCCAGGAGGGCCUGGUCUCUCUGGCAUACAAUUUGUUACCACUGCAGGAAAGAUAUAUCAAGAUGGCACUGGGCGGACGAUUCCAUUCAAAUGUCAGAAGAGUAAAUCUGCAAAGAGCCGUCGAGGCGUCAACUACCACUUACAACAUGAUAUCCUACCGCAGCAAGAUUUAUGGGCAGAGGUCAAAGGAGGGAUGUGGGACGACUUCGGGAACUUUGCAGAUGACUGCGAAACUAGCAUGCAAAAAUAUGGCCCACACAUGGGAACGGUUACUGCCGCGAGAGACAUGCUUUCCAUCGUUGACAGUCUCCAAGAGGGUGGCAAGCUCAAGUACUGGGGCGUGUCGUAUGGUGCCAUACUGGGCCAGUACUUUGCGGCCCUGUUCCCUGACCGAUUUGACAGGAUGCUGCUUGACAGCAUUCCUAGACUAGAUGACUACUUGAGUGGCACAUGGUUGACUCAUACGCGAGACGCCGAAGGCCUCCUUCAAGUUGUCUUUGACUACUGCGUUAAAGCUGGUGAUGCAUGUGUUCUUGCCACUCAUAAUGGGAAGGACACUACACCGGCCAGCUUGAUGGAGUCAACAAAGAAGCUUUUGGAGGAGGCUGCAAAUGUCACAGUGCCAUUGGAUGCCAAGGUGCCCGAAGCCAUCGACGUGCAACUUGGGCAGACGACUGUGUCCAGGAAGUUGAAGGAGUUGAUUCUCUCGAACCUGUAUUCUCCCGCCACUAUGGGGAAAAUCCCUGAAAUUCUUCAGGCGGCAUUUAAUGGCGAAUGGAAACGAAUCAUGGAAGAGCCCGAAACCGAUAUAUGGGGUCCGUGGAACUUGGGCAGGCACUCGACGUUUGCCAUCUCCUGCGGGGAUUCACCAUACCGCGUCGAGUCGGUAGAUGAUCUCUAUUCCAUCGUUCAAGCUACCUUGGCUCAGAACUCCUUUGUCGACGUUUCAGCUAUCCGCCGUCUCGCCUGUACUAGAUGGCCAUUUAAAGCUUCGGAAAUCAUGGAUGCCAACAAGCUUCUGGAUGUGAAAACUUCCAAGCCGAUCCUUUUCACGAAUCUUCGAUACGACCCUGUCACUCCUCUUGUGGGCGCAUAUACAUCUGCUUCUCGAUUCAGAGGAAGCGGAUUUCUUCUCCACGAUGGAGUUGGUCACGGUGUCAUUAACCAUCCAUCCAAGUGCAUAAUUGAAGCUAUCAGAAAGUAUUUCGAUGAUGGGACGCUUCCUCUGACAGGUACCAUUUGCAAGCCAGGAAUGAAAUAA